UAAAGGGAAACUGCUUCUCUUUAGUAGUUCUCAUGUUAGUUUCCUUGUGGGGUACCUAUUUCCCUGGAUCUGAAAGACAUUCCUUCCGCCCUCAGGAGGUACUGACUUGAAGCUAGGACCCCUCUUGGGCUCCGAGGGUCCUUGAAAGGAUCUUCAGCUUUUGUGUCUUCUGUGCUUCCUCAUCCCACUCAGAACCUGCUUCCCGCUGCAGCUGCAGAGAGGAGACCCGGGACCCAUGGAAACGCAGGCUGACCGCAUCCCGCAGGAACCCCAGGCCCUGCUGGAGAGUGCGCUUUCUGCCUCCAAAGUUCCUACGUUUUCUGACAAGAACAGCCUGGGAGAUGAGAUGUUGGCAGCUGCGCCUCUCAAGGCCAAGUCCCAGGAGCUGGUGACAUUUGAGGAUGUGGCUGUGUACUUCAUCUGGAAGGAGUGGAAGCGUUUGGAACCUGCGCAGAGAAACCUCUACAGGGAUGUGAUGCUGGAGAAUUACGGGAACGUGUUCUCACUGGAUGGUGAGACCAGAACUGAGAACAAGCAAGACAUUUCUCAGGAGAGAGGAUCCCAUGGGGUGCUAUUGGGAAGAUUCCAAAAGGACAUUUCUCAGGGCCUUAAGUUUGAAGAAGCCUACAAACAAGAAGUCAGUCUAAAGAAGCAGCUUGGGCACUCCUCGGGCAAACGAUUAAAUAGGAAGAUGCCAGUGACGGUUGGCGAGAAGUUCAUGCCCACAGAACAGAGAAGUGAGAAGUACAACGAAUUUGAUAGCAGCUUCACUGUGAGUCCCAACCUGAUUUCACAUCAGAGACUUCCUAUGGGAGACAGACCUCAUAAGUGUGAUGAAUGUAGCAAGAGCUUUAAUCGAACUUCAGACCUUAUUCAGCACCAGAGGAUCCACACUGGGGAGAAGCCCUAUGAAUGUAGUGAGUGUGGGAAGGCCUUCAGCCAGAGCUCACACCUGAUUCAGCACCAGAGGAUCCACACAGGCGAGAAGCCCUACGAGUGUAACGACUGUGGGAAGACCUUCAGCUGCAGCUCUGCUCUCAUUCUGCAUCGGAGGAUCCACACUGGAGAGAAGCCUUACGAAUGUAACGAGUGUGGGAAAACCUUUAGCUGGAGCUCCACCCUCACUCACCACCAGAGAAUCCACACUGGCGAGAAACCCUAUGCUUGCAAUGAAUGUGGAAAGGCCUUCAGUAGGAGCUCCACCCUUAUCCACCACCAGAGAAUCCACACUGGAGAAAAGCCCUAUGAAUGUAAUGAGUGUGGGAAGGCCUUCAGCCAGAGUUCUCACCUCUAUCAGCACCAGAGAAUCCACACUGGAGAGAAGCCCUACGAAUGUAUGGAGUGUGGAGGGAAGUUUACUUACAGUUCAGGCCUUAUUCAGCAUCAAAGAAUUCACACCGGGGAGAAUCCCUAUGAAUGUAGCGAGUGUGGGAAAGCCUUCAGGUAUAGCUCAGCUCUUGUCCGCCACCAGAGAAUUCACACUGGAGAGAAGCCUUUGAAUGUAACGGGUAUGAGCAAAAGCUCUCUCAGAGUUCCUGCUGAAGUAAAUAUCAGAGAGUCCACAUGAACGGGAACCACAGCUCUGUCUUCCUCUCUUCCUGCCUUACUAAC